AUGACUGAGCUGAAGGCAAAGGAUCCCCGGGCUCCGCACGUGGCGGGCGGCGCACACUCCCCCACUGAGGUCGGGUCCCCCCUGCUGGGUCGCCUGGACCCUGGACCCUUCCAGGGGAGCCAGACUUCGGACGCCUCGCUUGUGGUCUCGGCCGCACCCAUCUCCCCGGACGGGCUACUCUUCCCUCAGCCCCGCCACGAACAGGACCCCCCAGACGGGAAGACUCAGGACCAGCAUUCGCUGUCAGACGUAGAGGGCGCAUAUUCCAGAGUUGAAGCCACAGGGCGUGCAGGGGGCGGCAGCUCUAGACCCUCAGAAAAGGACAGUGGGCUGCUGGACAGUGUCUUGGACACGCUUCUAGAGCCCUCGGGUCCUGGACAGAGCCACGCCAGUCCUCCCGCCUGCGAGGCCACCAACUCUUGGUGCCUGUUUGGCCCCGAGCCUCCCGCAGACCCCGUGGCUACCCCUGUCACCCAGGGGGUGUUGUCCCCGCUCAUGAGCCGACCCGGUGACAAGGCUGGCGACAGCUCCGAGACGGCAGGUGCCCAUAAGGUGCUGCCCAGGGGCCUGUCGCCGUCCCGGCAGCUGAUGCUCCCGACGCCUGGGAGCCCUCACUGGCCCGGGGCCGCCGUGAAGCCGUCUCCGCAGCCCGCCGUGCUCAAGGAGGGCCUGGCGCAGGUCUACCCGCCCUAUCUCAACUACCUGAGGCCGGAUUCAGAAGCCAGCCAGAGCCCACAGUACAGCUUCGAGUCAUUACCUCAGAAGAUUUGUUUAAUCUGUGGGGAUGAAGCAUCAGGCUGUCAUUAUGGUGUCCUUACCUGUGGGAGCUGUAAGGUCUUCUUUAAAAGGGCAAUGGAAGGGCAGCAUAACUAUUUAUGUGCUGGAAGAAAUGACUGCAUUGUUGAUAAAAUCCGCAGAAAAAACUGCCCUGCAUGUCGCCUUAGAAAGUGCUGUCAGGCUGGUAUGGUCCUUGGAGGUCGAAAGUUUAAAAAGUUCAAUAAAGUCAGAGUUAUGAGAGCACUAGAUACAGUUGCUCUCUCACAGCCAGUGGGCAUUCCAAACGAAAGCCAGAGAAUCACUUUUUCACCGUCUAAAGACUUGCAGUUGAUCCCCUCAGUGAUCAGCCUGCUAAUGAGCAUUGAACCAGACGUGAUCUACGCAGGACAUGACAACACAAAGCCUGAUACUUCCAGUUCUUUGCUAACAAGUCUUAAUCAACUAGGAGAGAGGCAACUGCUUUCAGUAGUCAAGUGGUCCAAAUCAUUGCCAGGUAAUAAUAGUUUGUAUGUAAUAGCAUGUAAUAAAAAAUGUGCUAUGUUUGUUGUACUAUUAGCCAGACUACUUGCAAUUUAUCAGUAUCAGAAGAUUGGUACUUUGCCUCAUUUUCUGGCUUUGAAACAGCGGAUGAAAGAAUCAUCAUUCUACUCAUUAUGCCUUACCAUGUGGCAGAUCCCUCAGGAGUUUGUGAAGCUUCAGGUUAGCCAUGAAGAGUUCCUCUGUAUGAAAGUAUUGCUCCUUCUUAAUACAAUUCCUUUGGAAGGACUGAGAAGUCAAAACCAGUUUGAAGAGAUGAGAUCGAGCUACAUCAGAGAGCUCAUCAAGGCAAUUGGUUUGAGGCAAAAAGGAGUUGUCUCAAGCUCACAGCGUUUCUAUCAACUUACAAAACUUCUUGAUAACUUGCAUGAUCUUGUCAAACAGCUUCACCUGUACUGCUUGAAUACAUUCAUCCAGUCCCGGGCACUGAGUGUUGAAUUUCCAGAAAUGAUGUCUGAAGUUAUUGCCGCACAAUUACCCAAGAUCUUGGCAGGGAUGGUGAAACCGCUUCUAUUUCAUAAAAAGUGA